UCUCUUAGAAACCUGGACAAAGCCCCCAAAAUGGGUAGAGAUUUUAAAUAAUACUCUUACAAACGGAAAAAGUUGACAGAAUAACAGGAUUUGCGUUAGUAUGCAUUUCCUGAAUGAUACGAAGACGGAAACUCAAAUGUAUAUCAUUAGGUAGUGACUUCAAUGUUUGUGCUCGGUGAUUUGCCAGAAAAACACAAACUUUAUGAGGAACAGACCAAAAAUAUGAAGCAAACAUCUGGACGUUCUGCGAUAACCUGGACAGUUGAGCGAUAUACAUAUUAAGCAUUACUGCUUGCAUACGUGCUGAACAGCAAAAACUACCACACCAUGGUUAUUCCACUCAUUUCCUUAUUUAUAGUCUCCGUUGUCAUAAACCGCAGUCUCAACCGAUCUUAAAACGGAAACCACGCCCCAAUAACACUGUUUAUGAACAUCAACGUAUUUUAAUCAUUUUUCGUUGGUCUCCGGGGAACACAGACAACUUAGCAACUCUACUAACGGAAGGAAAACGUGAUGGAGUAGCUGAAGAUGGAACUUAAUGCUUAAGUGCAAGAGCUGGAUGAGUUAUUGUGAGCGUCAGUGGGAGGAUCCUGCUGUAUUUGCAACGGUAAAAGUCUGUGAUGAACAGUGCCUAGGAAGUGGGAAAGUGCAACGCUACAGAGGAAGAGGUGUACCUUGUCUACAGGUCCGGUGGGUUGUUGUGGGAAUUUUUCUGACGUCCGCUAUUUCAUUGUGGAGUACAUUGGGCUACGUACAACCCUCUUCCUUCAUAAGCAACAAAAAGUUCAGAUCGAAAAUACUACGUGUGUACUUGCUUAAAGAGAGACGCAAUUUAUUUCGAUUUGACCUGUUUUGGAGUUACUUUGAUGGGGCCGUACCGACUAAGUGGUAGGGGAAGUUCCGUUUUACAGUACUUCUCAAGAGAACAUGAACCAGCUGCUUGAAAACUAAGGUUACAGCGAAAGGAGAAGUAGUUUACUUUGGUUGAACUUCUCUAGAGUUGUGCCUUUCAAUUUAGAACUCGUGGACUGCACUGCAGGAAGUGGUAUGUACAAAAAUGAAAAAGUUUUCUCGGAUGCCCAGAUCUGAGAGCCUUGGACUGGCAGGUUCUGGUGUGAGUGGUGGAAGCGGUAACUAUAUUGGGAGAGUAUUCACCGUUGGACGGUACCAGGUCACAGUUGAAGAACUCCUUGCAGAAGGUGGUUUCUCUCUUGUAUUUGUGGUGCGUACUCACAGUGGAAUACGUUGUGCUCUCAAGAGAAUGUCUGUUAAUAAUGUGCCUGACCUUAACAUCUGCAAAAGGGAAAUAACAAUUAUGAAAGAGCUUUCUGAUCACAAGAACAUUGUGGGUUAUUUGGAUUCUGCAGUUAACUGUUUUAAUGACAGUGUUUGGGAAGUGCUCAUCCUGAUGGAAUUUUGCCGAGCUGGACAAGUGAUAAACCAGAUGAAUCAAAGGCUACAGACUGGUUUUACUGAGCCAGAAGUCCUGCAGAUAUUUUGUGAUACCUGUGAGGCUGUUGCUAGGCUGCACCAAUGCAAAACACCAAUUAUUCACAGAGAUCUCAAGGUUGAGAAUAUUUUGCUGAAUGACAAAGGAAACUAUGUUCUGUGUGACUUUGGUAGUGCAACCAACAGAAUUCUUAAUCCUCAGAAAGAUGGAGUGACUACUGUGGAGGACGAUAUUAAGAAGUAUACAACUCUCUCAUACAGAGCUCCAGAAAUGAUUAACCUUUAUGGAGGGAAGCCAAUCUCAACUAAGGCUGACAUAUGGGCUCUUGGCUGUUUACUCUACAAGCUUUGCUUCUUCACUCUUCCGUUUGGGGAGAGUCAGGUUGCGAUUUGUGAUGGAAGUUUUACAAUUCCUGACGGUUCUGGAUACUCCCAUAGUCUGCAUUGUUUAAUAAGGUACAUGCUUGAACCUGAUCAAGACAAAAGACCUGAUAUUUACCUGGUUUCCUAUUUUGCUUUUAAAAUUUCUGGAAAGGACUGCCCAGUACCAAACAUACAUGAUAACAGAUACUGCUGGACCUACAGAGACCUCAAUUGCUCCAAGACAAAGACCAAAGGCUGCGUCAAAUGCUGCACCUACAACUGUGUUCCCUGUCCAGAACUCUACCACCCCUGUUAAAGUUACAAGCCCCAUUGAAAGUACAAAUGACAAAGAAAAAGUGGCUGUGGGACUGGGUCGUGGCCAUAGAACUCCAAUAGUAGAAGGAAGAACUAUUCAACCUCCCCAGGAGCAUCGAGUGCUGCAACAGUUGCAGCCUGGAGACUGGAGGUUACAGCAGUUACAACAAUUGCAUCUGCAUCAACAGCACCACCAGCAACAACGGCUUCAGCAGAUUUAUUUACAGCAGUAUCAGCAGCAGAUGAUGCAGCAAGGACUCCUUGUACAUUCACUAUACCAGCAGCAGCAGCAGCAAGCUACAUAUCCAGCUGUGGUGCAGCAGUAUCGGCAAGCUUUUGUACCUCAGCAGCAACAGCAAACUGCACUUCAGUGUCCAACAUCUCCCCAGGAAUUCCAGCCCCCAUUUACCUCAUAUGGUAUCCUACCUCCGACACAUGUUAGAAUAGCAGAAACUUCAUGUAGUGUCAAAGGAUCAGACGGUCAAGAAACCAAAAUACAGCACACUGAACAGGGCAUCGGUAACCCCCCUGAUAUGUCAGGCUGGAAUCCAUUUGUCGAUGAUAACUUCUCCAAACUAACUGAAGAGGAGCUGCUGGACAAGGAGUUUGAUGAGCUCGGAGCAAAAGGACUGGAACAAAGGAGUACUUCCUUUGGUAGUAAACACGCAGAGUCUUUGCUUCCUUCAGUUCCUCAUGCUUCACUUUCAGAAGACAUUUUUGGCUCUACUCCAUUUUGUUCUCAUUCAGGUUCUGUUAGAAUGGCAGAUGAAAGCUUAAUAGAAAACACCCAAGGCAUGCCGGAAGUCAUAGCAAAGAAUGAAAAACAAGAUCAUGCUUCUAGAGAGCACAAAACAUCAGGGAGGAGAAGUGCAUCAGAGUCUUCCCUCCAACGUCUCCAGACUGGCAGAGUGGAAUCAGACAGUGAUUUUGAAUCUGAUCCCCCUUCUCCAAAGAGCAGUGAAGAGGAAGAGCAAGAUGAGGAUGAGCAUGGAGAUUUCAUUGAAGAUAAUGACACUGAGCCUGAAAAUCUGGGACAGAGGCCACUUCUUAUGGAUUCAGAGGAAGAAGUAGAGGAAGAUGAAGAAAAACAAAGCUCUGAUUCAGACUGUGAUCAAAGGAAGGGAAACUACUCUACAGCAAGCUCCCUUAACAGAUACAGUUGCAGCCCUGAAAGCAGUAUGCCCACAGAAGCACUUACAGUGUCACCAAAAUCUUCAAGUACCAGCGCUUUUGAUGUCUUUGGUGCUGUGCCUUUUGUAGGUUGCUCACACACGACACAGUCAAAGAAUACUGUUAAUCAGUUUGACUUUUUUCAUCAGACUCCAUGUAAGUCAUUUGCACAAGAACAGGAAGUAGAUGAAUUUGAUGUAUUCAGUCAAGCACCCUUUACAAAAAAAUCUGUGAACUCAGGACAUCAAGGUGUAGAUGAAGAGAAGCAGACUCCACUGACAACACCUGACAAUGUGGAUGUGUUUGGUUGCAUUCCAUUCCAUCCAGUUCACAAAGCACAGAAUUCAGAAGAAAACAAAGAGGAUAUGUUUGGGCAUGUGCCAUUUGGAGGAAUAGCUGCUAGCAACCAGCACCAAAAAUCAAAACAUCACCAACGCAACUUUCAGAAGCUUUCUUCUCGACAGAGGCGUACAAAACAGGAGAAUUCUGGUGGAAAUGGUAAACGGCAUCAUGGCACUCCAACAAGUGUAAGGAAAUCUUCUAAAUCUAGCUAUCGCACCCCAGAGCGUGCACGUAGGCAUAAAAAAGUUGGAAGGCGAGAUUCUCAGAGCAGCAACGAAUUUCUAAAUAUAUCCGAUUCAAAGGAGAACAUUAGCUUAACACUGGCUGAUGGAAAAGAUAAAAGUACCCACUUGCAGGUUGAAGAAGGUGUAGACCCAUUUGGUGCAAAGCCAUUUCAUCCCUCUGAACUUGUUAGGCAGACACAACAGCAAGGUUUAAGUGAUAAUCAUGUGGACCAUAAUACAAACUCCAGCAGGCCUAGACGGAGCUCUGCCCAUGGUUUAAUUCAUAGUGCAGAUGCAUUACAGACUGAUGACUUUGGAGCAGUUCCGUUUGCUGAAAUGGUAUUACACAACACUGCACCCCACCAGCAGCCAGUUGAACUUGACCCAUUUGGUGCAGCACCUUUUCCUUCUAAACAGUGAUUGGAUUGUCUUCCAGCAGAAAACAGUGUAUUUUAAUGCAUUUUAACAUUGGAAAUAUCUGACCCUUGUAGGUCAAGUUGUAAAGCAGUGCGGUAACAGCUACUAACAGCUUGUUGUGUUAAUUAUGUAACUUAGAGACAUGCAUAUCCACACAACAAAUUUUUUGUGAAAAUCACAUAGAGAUUUACUUUUGCAUCCUUCCUGAUAAACUUAUAGUUUCAGUAAUCAAUAUUCAGUAUGAGGAUAAUAGGCUUGGGCUUAGCAGUGUGAUAAGACCAUUUUCACAGCUUUCCCAUUGUAAAGGUUUUGUUCAAAGUGCCAGUUUGUAUAAUUGAAUUAUGAGUCUUCAUAGCAUGCUUUUUUGUUAAAUUAGCCAUGUAUGAGAAUUCUAAAUUCAAAAGUAACAGGAUGUAAUUGUUUUGCACUUUGUAAUUCUGGGAGGAUUGAGCUACUCAGCAGUAUGUGUAUUAUCAUUUAUCUGGUCAUUAAUUUAGCUACAUUCUCCGUUGUUUACUUCUUGAUUAGCAAAACAUUAAUAUACAGUAUCUUUAGAUUUAAAAAAAAAAUGCAAGAACCUUAACAGGAUUUCUACCCUUUUAGUGUAAAUAUCAGAACUGCUGUCAUCAACCAGUGCUGGCACUAUUUUUUGAGAAGAUGGUUAAAAAUCAUAGAAUUGCACAAGGGUAACUCUCGCAUAAGAAGUUUAUCAUUGGAGUAGCUGUCUUCAUGUCAUCUUUCAAUUCUUCGUUACCUGACGGUGUAAUUUUAACAUUUUAGCAGCCAAGUAUAACUGUGUAUCAAAAGAAAUCAUGUUGUCCAGUCAUGUCAAGCUUUAAAAAAAAUAAACAGAUAAAGCUGUUAGUAGCUGUACAGACUUGCUUUUAGCAUUUUACCAAAAGCUUCAUUUCACACCAGAAGGCCUUAUGCUUAGGACUGUUGUCCUGAAAUGCAAUACCUCUGAACCAUUACAUGCAUGGGAGACAGAACUGCAAAUCUCUCAAGUAGGGUUUUUUUUUUAAUUAUAAGUUCAAAUUACAUUGUUUACUACCAGUUAAACUUUUAACAUUUGUCUUCAUUUUUAAGUGAAAACAUUUUAGUUUAUCAGUGUUUUCAUAUUUUCAUCAUAGCUGUAAUUAAUACAAGUUUUGUAAGAGGAGUUUUUUUGAAGACACUUAACUGUUAUGCCAAGUACAGUCAAAACUAGUUGAUAUGCAGUGACUUGAAAAUUACUAUACAUCUGUAUUUUCUUUUAAGAGCUUUACUUGAUCAGAUAACUGUAGUACAGAUGCGUAUGUAUUUUAUCUAGAAUUAAGCAAAUAAAAAAUCCGCAGCUUUAGUAGGAUUGGUUAUGAUACAGAACAGUAAAUUCUCUAUGUGUCAGUGAUAGUGACAAAUAUGGCCUCUUUGAAGGUCUUGAAAACUGAAUAUCAGAUUCAUACUUGUGUUUUACAUUUUAUUUCCUGCAAAAAUGAAUGCUACGCAAUACUUUGUUUUUGUAACAGUAUUACAAAGUCAUGAAAAGUAAUAAUAAUUGGAACGUUAAGACUGAUAACAUUUCAAGUUUUUACUUUUGUUUUAUAGCCUUUAAAAUAAUGCAGUGAUUUUGAUAUAUUGCAUUUUAAAUGAUUUUCAUUUUCAAGGGUUAGCAAAAGUAAAAUGCCAUUUUGAGGGAGGCCUAAAUGUUAUUUGGCUGUUGAUUUUAUUUUAUAUAAAUGCUUGUGUAUACCUGUGAAGUAACAGAGAUGCAAACCUGUAGGAAGUUCAGAAAUGUUUUUGGUUGAUCUUUUACUCUCUACAGUUUCUGAAGUUAUUCAGAAUGCUUUCAAAAAAAAGAAACAGAACUAUUGGAUGACACUUUUAUUACAAAAACAACUGGUUGAACACAUGCAUCCUUCUUUACAGAAACUUCUCAUGAAGUAAAAUUUUAGUCUGCUAGUUCUGUUUUUUUUUAGUACUUUAUUGGACUUUUUGUUUAUUUUUUUCAGAAUGUUAUAAAUGUUAUUCAGAACAACCUUUAUGAAUUAUACAAUGGGACCUAUUCUGACUGCUGCUUGACAGUGUAAAUUAGAAUUAUCUUCCUAUGUGUGAAUGUAAAAAUAUAUUUUCAGGCAUACAAAUUAAGUGCACUUUUCUAAAUUACACUUCCAUCACUUGUUAAACUUGAACAUUCUUGAGCCUGUUUUGUAUCACUGCUCUAUUUCUUAUAUUGUUACAUUUUUAUGCUGUUUUAUAAACAUGAGGCAAGAUGUUUUUGUUAAGUAAGAAUUUGACUGUUCUUUGGACCCACCAAACAUUAGUUGCUGUACUUUUUGUUAAAAGUUUAUGAUUCAUA